UGGUUUAGGAUACAAUUUCAAUCAAGAUCAUCACUUAUUCCGAAAGGGUGGUGGGAGUAUUGAAGAACGGAGGCAGCAUCCGAAGACCGAGCGUGAACUCCGCAAGUUACGCGCUCGCUACGAAGCUGAUUGGGCAGGUAGUCGUGCCCACUCCACAGGCCCAGGGCCCAGCCGGUCAAACCAAAGUCAAACUUUUCUCCGUGACUCCCCCCACCCACCCCGUCCGGCGGAGGAGCAGGGCCAAAGCCGUAAAUUCCGCCCCGUUUCGCCGUGCCGUGCCGUGCCCUCCCCUCCCUUCCCCGUGCACCGGGCCGCGGGUGCGGGUGUGGGGGUCCAAAGUCUCCGUGUCGUCUCCACUUGCCCGCCCCCCCGCUGCAGCACUGCUCCUCCUCCUCCUCCGCGCAAUCCAGAUCGAUGCCUCGCUAGAUCUCGCGCCCUCGCCUCGCCUUCUCCCUCUCGCAGUCUCGCUUCGUCAUCCCCGAGGGCGAGGGGAAGGAGGAGGAGGAGGAGGAGGAAGCUGAGCCAUGGGGAACUGCUGCUCCGACGAGAUGGGCGGGCACGCGGGGGCGGGCCGCCACCACCACCACCACAACAACCACCACUCCGUCGGACCCGCGGCGGCGGCGGCGGAGGCGGCGUCCGCCGCGGCCGACCGCUUCCUCCGCUCCCGCGGCGCCGGCGCGUCCACGCAGGUCGAGUUAUCUUUCUCUGCAUCAAAUUUGGGCGACCAAGAAUUCUUUACCAAGAGCAAUCCCAUGGUCAUUGCAUAUUCUAAAAGCAAAGAAGGAGCACUUGAAGAACUUGGGCGUACUGAAGUAAUAUUGAAUUCUUUGAACCCAUCUUGGAAUGCAAGAAUCAAUGUGAAUUACCAGUUUGAAGUUCUUCAGCCAAUGGUGUUUCAGGUAUAUGACAUUGAUCCACAGUUUCAUGAUGUCAGUGAAAAGAUGCUUAAGCUGGAAGAGCAACAAUUUCUUGGAGAGGCUGUCUGUCUUUUGUCGGAGGUUAUCACUAAACAAAACAGGCUGUUGACUUUAAAGCUUGGUGUUUCUGAACAUAACCUACCAAAUCCUAGUAAAUUUGGUGAGCUAAAUAUUCAGGCAGAAGAAAGUGCUGGUUCAAAAGCAAUAAUGGAGAUGGUAUUCCGCUGUUCAGAUCUUGAAAUCAAGGACCUUCUCUCAAAAAGUGAUCCCUUUUUGCUAAUAUCUAGAAUAUCAGAGAGUGGAGUGCCUGUUCCAAUUUGUAAGACAGAAGUAAGGAAGAAUGACCUCAAUCCCAAGUGGAAGCCAGUGAUCUUGAAUCUCCAACAGAUUGGAAGUAAGGAGAACCCUUUAAUCAUAGAGUGCUUCAACUUUAGUAGCAACGGCAAACAUGACCUAGUUGGCAAGAUAGUAAAAUCAGUCGCAGAAUUGGAAAGGAUGUAUCAUAGUCAGGAUGGUGAAAAUUUCUUUGUUCCUGCCAGCACUGCUCAUGAUAGUCACAGUAAGGAGGUACUGAAGAGUCAAGUGUAUGUGGAGAAAUAUCUUGAAAACAACAGACAAACUUUUCUAGAUUAUAUUUCUUCUGGGUGUCAAUUGAAUUUUAUGGUAGCCGUAGACUUCACGGCUUCAAAUGGAAAUCCACGGCUUCCAGAUUCUUUGCAUUAUAUCGAUCCCACUGGCCGGCCAAAUGCAUAUCAGAAAGCAAUAUUGGAAGUAGGAGAUAUACUACAGUACUAUGACCCAGCCAAGCGAUUUCCCUCGUGGGGUUUUGGAGCUAGACCUAUUGAUGGUCCUGUUUCCCACUGUUUCAACCUGAAUGGCAGCACCUACCAACCUGAGGUAGAGGGAAUACAAGGGAUUAUGUCAGCUUAUAUCAGUGCACUUCGUAAUGUAUCAUUGGCUGGGCCCACCCUAUUUGGUCCGGUAGUUAGCACUGCUACUGCAAUAGCAAACCAAUCACUUGCCAGCAAUCAGCAGAAAUACUUUGUUCUGUUAAUAGUCACGGAUGGUGUAGUGACUGAUUUCCAAGAGACUAUUGAUGCAAUCAUAAAGGCAUCUGAUUUUCCUUUGUCCAUUCUUGUUGUUGGAGUUGGUGGAGCGGACUUCAAGGAAAUGGAGUUUCUAGAUCCAAAUAAAGGAGAGAGACUAGAAAGUUCAACGGGAAGAGUGGCAUCAAGGGAUAUGAUACAGUUUGCACCAAUGAAGGAUGCCCAUGGCAGCGGGAUUUCAACAGUUCAGUCACUUCUUGCUGAAAUACCAGGGCAGUUCAUGACUUACAUGAGAACAAGAGAAAUUCAAGCAAUUAGUUAAUAUAUGGUACCGUCUAUUUUUGAUUCUUUACAUGAUAGAAGAUGCGCAUUCUAAUGGUCUUGUUAGUAUGAUUUUGGCUAUUGGGCCACAUCAUCAUGCAAAUUUUAAAGCCAUGGAUGUGUGAAAAUGUGUAAAGAUGGAUAGUCUGGACAUGUUAAAGGUCAGAGAGAUGGAUCUGCUGGAAAUUGUAGCCAAGGUCUAAUAUCAGCGUCACAUUUCAUGCUGUCUUCUUGCAAGCCAAGUCUACAGUAUGGUGCAGGGCAGGUGAAUUGAGGCAGGAACUGGUUGGCACUACAGAUUGGAAAUUGUUCUCAGAUUAAACAUUUGAAUCGGUUGUGAUCGUGUAAAGGUUAAAGGUUCGGCGUUUCUACCUUUCUGCUCAAAAUCAAGUGAUUGGUGGUUUGAUUUUCUUUGUUCGGGUUGAGUUGGGAGAUUCCCCAGACUAGCUGUUCCUAUCAGGGAAGUUGGACGUGUUCGUUUUACUCAUACCUGCUUGUAAAUUCAUGACUUGACAUUAAGGGUUUGAACCCCAUGUUGAUUUUUCGUACCUGGUAAAAAAAACAUUUUUGUUAAUAACUCUCCAUGUUAUGGCGUUAUGAUGAUGUACAUGCAGUUUUGCUACCUGCGUUAUCGUUAUA